AUGUCUCAGCUGAGUGGUAAUCAGAUGUUUAGGAAAUUAAAUGAUCUAAUGAGAAAUGUGGUACCUGGUAAAGAUUUAACAUCCUCAGAUAGUUAUUUACGAGAUGGCCAUGACUCAGCUUUUGAAUCAACACAACAAAUGAAUUCUCAGAUGAAUAAUUCUCAAUAUGAAUUUUCUCAGAUUAAUUCUCAGGAUCUUUUCACACAACAAUAUUCCAGUGGUUCUCAAUCAGAGGUCUCCAUGCCAGCAAUGAGCUUACCUAACAGAAGACCAUCUAUGUAUGAUAAAUGGAUGAGUAAAGGACCAUCAGGAUCUCUAUAUAAAGGUCCUCAAGGUCCUGCUGACUCUAAACCUAAUUCAUACCCUUCUAAACCCCACUCAGUUCCCUCUAAACCUGAUCUCAACCCUCAACAAUUUCAACUUAAUAAGAACAAAGCUAAAGAAAGAGAUGAGAGAGAUUUGCUGCAACAAGUAGCCACAGUUGUUCAAGACUGUACUAAAGAGGAAUCUUUGUCCUUAGAAAAAGUGACAUUUUUAUCUCUGGCCCUAAUAGUGCUGAUAACUCAUAUCCCGAUCACAUCCGAGGAACAGAAAGAUGCUACAAUAACACAACUAGAGAAACAACUAGAGGACAGAAUAGAAAAUAACAAUGAAAAUAUGAUUAAAACAUUAAAGAAAGAAAUAAAAGAACCAACCCUGGCUCUAGAUAAGAAAGUUGAUCAAGUUAUAGAAUGGAUGAAUGAAGACACAGAAACUUCAAAUCAACAAAUAAUGGAAUAUAAACAACAAACUGAAAUUCAGAAAAAAUUAAAUAUAGAAUCUCGACAAAAACAACAGAAAAAUAUCAAAGACACAGAAUUUAGAAUAUUAGAAGAAUUGAAUGUUAUGAAACGGGAUUUAAAAUACCGUGAAGAAAAUUGGCAGAAACAAUGUAUAGCUCAACUUCAUCAUGUUCAGGAGGGACAGUUUCGAAAUCUGCAGAAACAGUUGGUGAAUGUUAUGGAGAAAAACAGGAAUAAAGGCACUGGAAAUGGUAACAGUGCUAAUACCAAUCUGCAGGCUGAAGUAAUUGAAGAAAUUUUUAAAAGUCAGUGGCAAAGUGUAGAAAUAUUCUUAGAAAGUCAAUUUAACAGACAAAUUGACAUUCAAGAGCAACAGUUAGAUAGAUUACUGGAUAAAUUUACUGAAACUCAAGAAAAAUCUGUUGAUUUAGCUCAGAAAGAACCAGAUUAUCGACUAUCAUUGCCUUAUUUUGAAGAACAUUUCAGUAAAUAUCAUUCUGAUGUUAAGAAACAAAUUGAAGAUUUACACCAGAAACAUCAAUCAGAAAUACUUAGAAUUGAAGAAGAGCUAAAACAGCAAAGAUUGGCCAAAGAAAAAGAAGAAACUCACAAAUCAACAAGUUUACAAGUAGUUCCAAGUUUACAGACAUUAAAUAAAUAUUUAGCUGGAUCUAAACAAACGUCUAGUUCUGCAUUUGAUAGAGCCAAGACUAUUAACCCACCACCAAGACAGUAUCCAAAACCAAGUGGUUAUACUCUACCUCCAACAAAACAUUCCCCAUUCUCAUCUUACGGUCCCUUGAAUUCUCGAACCCUCUUCUCCAAAUCUCAUCCUUCACCAAUAGCUGCUGUUCUUCCUCAGCGAAAGGAAGUAGGUAAUUUUUCAUUGACUAGAAGUGUUGCUGUACCUUCCAAUCCUGAGCCACUUCAUGAUAUACCAUCUGAAGAUGAAGAAUCACAAGCUGAACUUUUUGAAGAUUUUGUUGAAACUGAAGAAGAAGAGAAACCUAUUGAAGAAUUAAUAAAACCAGUGGAAAACAAACCUCAAGCUAAGAAAGGAAAGAAACGAAAGAAAAGGAAAGGUACAUUCAGUCGAAAAAAGGCCAAAACCACAACAAAGAAUUGUGCCACCAGAAAAUCUAUGAUAGAAAGAGAACUUGGAAUAACAGAAGUGAGUGAAGAGUGGCAGAAACCAAGAACGUUAAGAAGUUCAACCAUAAAGACAAAUGAACCUUCUAAAGGUGGUCAAAUGACAGAACUGCACAUAAGAGAUGGUUCAAAACUUCAAUCAAAUUUAAUGGUUAACACUACUGCAGCAGCCAUCAGCAGUUCAAGUUCCAAUCAGAACAAACCUAACAGUCAUCAAACCAAGCACACAAUCAAUGGACCAAAAUCUCUUCCUGAACAGAACCAAGCUAUAGUGAGUCAGAUCAAACCAAUAUAUAAUCAGAAUAACUCAGUGUAUGAUUUUGAAGAUGAGUGCCAACCAUCAUCAUUUAGUUUCAGAAAUCCCCAACCAAUUACAUAUGACCGAAGGUUACUAAAUAACGACAAACCGAAACAAUUUAAUGAGAAUAACAGAGAGGCUGUCUAUAACUCUCCUACUAGACGGAGUAUAUGUACUUAUGGAACCAGUAGAGAAUCAUCACCAUCCAUGUCUCUAACGGAAGUAGUUAUUAAGAGAAAAAUUAAAUGUGAUAACAAGAAAACACCUGAUUUACGUAAUUUUAAUCAUGCACAAACUUAUAAUUAUGAACAAUGCUCACAGAUUAGUAGAAGAGAUAUUUUAGGCUCCAGUCCUACUUUAGAUAUAUUUUCUAAACCAUCUCGAGAUCUACAGGAUGAAACAGUGGAACCAAGUAUGUAUUCAGCACCAACAAGAAAUGUAACUGAGAAGCAUGGAACAUCAGAUUCUAACUAUGUUGAGAUAACAGAAUCUAUUCGUAGAAGAACACAGAAAAGAUAUUUUCAGUCUCAAAAUUAUGAAGAGUAA